AUGAACAUUGGCAAUGGACAACAUCAGAAUCUUAAUGACAUUCAACAUGUAACAGAAAUGUUGGAUGAUUUUGAUAAAGAAUUUGACACAUUAUAUACAGUUCGUCACCACAAUAGUAACAUCCAUACAAUGAGACAUGUCCAUUUAUCGUUAAAACGUCAAGCACCAUUAUAUAAAUACACAACAUUUUUUUUCGAAAACAUGAAUAAAAUAAUAAAAUCAUUAGCACAUGGUACUGUAGAACAUCCAAAGCAAUUGAUAUCGAGUAUUGAAUUAUUUCGAGGUGCAUUAUUUCACAUACAAACACCAUCUUAUCCAUUGUUAUUACUUUCAUACGUUAAAGAUUUAUUAGAUGAAAAAACAAAAGCGUCAACCGCAACAUCAUUGUUGACACCAGUCGUAAAAUAUUAUCGUCGAUAUGAACCAUUUUUUUCAGCUAUACCAUAUUUGAUGAAUAUUAAACAUUAUGACUGUAUUAUUUAUAAUGGUGUACGUUAUGAAACAAUCGUAACAACUAAAAAAAAGACGAAUGAUUCGUGUGUUCUGUAUAAAAAACCACUAACAAAUCAAUUAGCUAUUGGUUUUAUAGCAUGUAUAAUAACUGUUAAUAACGAUGAUAAUCGUUUUAUUGUUAUAAAUACACUCAAAAUAAAUGAUUAUUUUCAAGUUAAAUUUUAUGCUUUAAAUGGUACAAAACGAACAGAAAAUAUAAAAAAUGCUUGGUUAUGCCAAAUAGAUGAAAAUGAACUUGCAAUUAUUAAACCAAGUGAUAUCGAUCAAAAACUGGGACAUCGUAACAUAGAUAAUCGUCUUAUACAUGUUUUUAAAUAUCCGAACCUAAAAGAAUCAUCAUAA